UCUCCGUCUCUCAUGGUCGGCGUGAGAAAUACAAAAAAGAAGUUGCAGACAGGUAGGAAGGAUGCGAUCAGCUGGUUGACAAUGGCGGUGAUAUAUUUCCCUUUGUUUCCCUUCCAACUACUGAACUGAAUUCCCCUUGUUUCAUAAUUGCUCUUGUUUCUGCUACAGCGACAAUGGAAGACAAUGCUAAUCCUCAACACGGCAAGGAGGAGGUAGAGUUGAAGCACCUAUGCAAGUACUGCGGCAAGCACUUCUGUAGCGGGAGGUCGUUGGGAGGUCACUUAAGGUCUCAUAUGCAGCUGAUGAGGCAACCUCAAGCUGAUGGGAAAGUCUUGUUCGUACGGAAGCUCCCACCACUCUCCUACUGCACUGAAUUUCCCUUUUUCUGUUACUCAGACUACUCAAACUCAGACGUUGGGGUGCCAAAGAAGGAGGAUGGUGAUAAUGUGGAAGCUUUUCUAGCGUCCUUGGACCCGAACCAUGAAACAUGUCCCAGUCGGACUGUGUUCAACUUGUUACGUGAAGGAGCAAUCGGUUGCCUCACCGCACUUCUCGAGCGCAAACUCUCUCACAAUCGCUUGGAUCUGUUUGCUUAUCCUGACAGCUGCCGACCGCUCAUAUUUGAAGCUGCUGAGCUCGGGUUUUAUGGGGCGGUCGAGCUGUUUUUGCAACAUGGGGUUCCUCCCAGUGCCAGGGUACCAACACAUUAUCGUCAACCGGAUCAGCUUCCAAUCGAUGCCGCAUUAUAUAUGAGUUGCUUGGAUCAGUUUGAUUCGGCACCCAAGGGCAAGAUCUAUUAUGAUCAAAGGCUCUGCACUUUGAUGCACUGGCUUCCCAAAUGGAUCAGCUACGAUUUCGACUGGUGGCACAUGGUCAAGCUGCUGGGGCGGGCCACCGAACAGGGCCUGCUGGAGAUGAGGAUUCUGCACUAUGCAAGGUACGGCCAAGCUCCCAAGCUGCUUUGGCUCUUGCUCGCGGUACCUGACCGAGUUCUCUCCCCAACAUUCUUCAGGGACACCAUUCUCCAGCAGCGUUUUGGAACCGCCCCCUUGUCACUCCGGGAUUUCCUUAUUGCUCAGCUUGCUUUUCUCACUGGCAUUAGCCUCGCCAUUGAACCCAACCGUAGUCUCCCCUAUAAAUCUAUCCGCCACGAUCUGCACUGCAGGAUAUCAAGCAUCACUUGUUCCCUGCGAUUGCUCGAAGUCUUCCGCAGGGCUGGCCCCCAGUUGUGUAACGUAAUGGCAAUGUUAGAGAAGGAAAAGGAGAAGAAAUGGGAAAGGGAAAAGGAGAGGGAAAUAUAUCCUCUUCUUCCCGAUUACCCAAUAGCUCAACAGUUUAAGACUGUGCUCAAGGAAGCUGGCUUUCCGAUGGCUUCUCUACGUUGCCCGGUCAGGACCGCCCAUCCGAGCGAGGAGACGAUGCAUGGUGGCUAUCAUUACUGGAUGAACCUGCGAGACGAUUACCCUGGAUUGGAGCUCUUGAUUCGACCACCACAUGUCUCCAGGAGUAAAAUCCUUGAUUCGGACUUCAACAAAGCCAUCGAGAAGUUAUGCCAUCAUCCUUGCUUGAAGGAAUGGACAUCCCAAAUGUCCAUUUUCAAGUUGCUUUUCAUAUUUUGUCUCCCUGACGUGGUAGAAAAUAUGCAAUCUGUGUUACCAUUGGAGCCCAAGUAUGUCAACCCUGCAACUGUUAUCCAACCCGCCUAUCUUGCUGAGUUGUGCUUCAUCUAUAUUAUGGAUGGCCGAAUUGUUAAUUUCACAGCUGCUCUAAUGGCUGCGCAAGUUCUUCUUCGGUUGGGGUAUCCACUACGUCCUCAAACAUCUCGUCAUAGCAAUAAUGAUGUGGAUCAUCAUCAUCACAAGUCUGUCGCCCCUACUGUAUAUGAGUGGUUGCUGCAUGCUUUGAUGAGAGUGCUUGAUGAAGAAAUAAGCUUAACUGGGAAACCGAAGGACAAUGACUCUGUUCAGAUUUGCAAGGAGAAAAGAUUGAUGAUAUCAUCUGCAUUCCAACUAACAAAGAUAUUCGAUACAUCUGCACAAGAUAUUCAUUGGUAUCUUCACUCACCAAGAUAUAAGGUGUGUGCUUCCUAUUCAUAGUCUAAUUUGCUUGAUAGUUGUCAAAACAUGGUCAGCUGGUCACUUCCCUUUGAAUGAACUGUCUUGCUCCCACAGGAAGUUGCUGAUUUGAAGUUGAUAGUAAACGAUGUUGCUUCCUUGUUAAAAGGCACGGGCUUUGCGUUAAGACCUCAGGAUAUCUGUGUGAAUGACUUGAACUGUUUCUCGAGCAAAUCAGGUUCCUGCAAAACCAAGUUAGGUGGAAAUUCAUCAUCCUUCGGACCACUUCCGCAUACAGGAACGUCGCUGACAAUUUCCACAAGAACCAUCAAGUCAUCCUUCAGCGCUCCAUGCAUUAGCGAACUUUCAGCUCCUUCCAUUAGCAAACUUUCAGCUUGCUCUUAUCACUCAUUCCCAACUUCAAGGUACCAAGGGAAUAAGUCCUUGUCGUUACCACCGGGGAAUGGGGUAAGUUCUGUAGAAAAAAAAGUGGAAGCGACAAGACGAUUAGAUGCUAUGUCAAGGAAAAAUUGGAGGUUCCUGGCAGUGAUAAAGAGGGCAAUGAUGCGGUUCUAACAAGCAUUCUUAACCGCAUCAAUGGCAAUAACUCAUUUAUAUCCCUGGAAUCCCACCGAGAUUCUGCUCGGUCAUGUAAAAUAAGCGAGCUGGAAUAAACUCCGAACUUGUUGUAUAUUAGAGACAGAGUGGGCGGUUAUGAAUUCACUACCCAUUUCCAAGCUAUUUUGACUACAUAUGUAUGUGUGUUGAUUCUAGUGUUGACCACUGAGGAAGUAUUAAAGAUCCAACCUG